UCACGCUUAUCCACCUUUUGCCCAAUUUUCUGUUUAUUUCCAUUUUCCUCCACCGAUCCCUUUCCCACUUCCUCUAUCUUCCUCUCCUCCAUUUUCUUUCAUUCAACAAUAACCCUUUGAAAUCCUUCGGAAUAUCUUCAUCAAAUCGGUAUCUGCUUCUCUGUCCCACCUCGAAACUGUAACCGCAGAAGAUUUAAUUUAACUUGUAUUAACGGGAACUAAGAAAGAACCCUAAGAGUGUGAAUUUUGUCCAGUUGAAGAACUUUUCUGUAACGAGCUACCAUGGGUGAAGAAUUGAAGCUUUCUGAGUACGAUUCUAGCGGUGGUAAUAAUGAUGACAGAGUUUUGUGGGAGGUUGGACUUCCCGGCGCCGACGAUCUCACGCCGUUGACUCUGCAGUUGAUUCCGGCCGAACUUGCUUCUGCGUUCAGAAUCUCGCCGGAAUCCUCAAAGUCCAUGGCUGAUGUAAAUCGCGCUUCGCAGAAUACUUUUUCUUCUCUCCAGAGAUGGCACUCACAAGAUAUGUCUUCAAUGAAUAACUUAAACUUCAAGCCGUUCAAUGAGGAGACGACUGUUACUGAAAAAGACGAAACGGAUCUAACGAGAGAGGGAUACGACCCGAGGAAGCUCCGGAGGGUUGAAUCCGGAGGCACUGAAGAGAUUGAUUCUGCUCUGUGUAACGAAAAUUGUGCGGAUGAUUCGUCGGCUAAUAAGACGCUGAAUAAGCGGGCAAGGCUUGUUUGGACGCCGCAGUUACACAAGCGUUUUAUUGAAGUGGUGGCCCACUUAGGUAUCAAAAACGCUGUGCCGAAGACGAUUAUGCAACUUAUGAAUGUGGAAGGACUGACGCGCGAGAACGUGGCGAGUCAUUUACAGAAGUAUAGAUUGUAUAUGAAGAGACAGGGAAAUGAGGGGCCUUCUUCUUCUGAUCAUUUGCUUAAUUCCACGCCGGCGCAGCAGAGUUUGCGUGAGUCCGGUGAGAGUGGUCAUCACCUUCGUAAUACUAAUGGCCACGUGGGAAUGCCGACUCACAUGCCUUACCCGCCGCAAAUGGUGCAGAUGCCGAUGAUUGGAAUGGCCAACGGAGGCAUGCCUGUUGGGUAUGGGGGUGGACCAUCAGUUGGAUUUCAUCAUCAGUAUAGUAUGAUGCAACAACAGCGGGAAUGGUCUGGGAAUAAUUUUGGUUACUAUCAUCCUGUUGCUUCUAAUGAUAAGUAGUUGUACUAGCUGAGUGCAGACUUGCCAGGUGUCUUUUGAGCAUGGAAAAUCAUGGGAGAUAUCGUGAGGUGUACUCUGGAAAAAUCUGGGACAAAUUUGAGUUAGAUAGCAGAAAGACAUUUGGUUCAAUCCAUCCUUGCGAUGCAUUUUAGUGGUCUUUUCCCUCAAAUCUGUUUCAUCCAGCAGCAGCAAAUUGUUAAUAUAACGUCAACCUGUCCUUUUGAAUGAUAAAUGGCUUAAUGUUUCUUUGGCAUGGAUAAAUGGUGUAAUGUUGUGUAGUGGUCGUAUUGAACCUUCGUUUCCACGAUGAUCCAUACUCAGUAAUAUACCUAAAACUUUGUCACUAGACCCUACAUAUUGGGUAUUUGAAUCUUAUCCUUCUCUCCCUACUUUAUGGGCCUAAUCUCUUCUUUUCUUUUCAUCUCUUUCUAUAAGAAAUCAAUUAAUUGCUCCAUAUUUUGUGUAUAGCUCCUAAGUUUUGUGCUUGCUUUAAAUUCAGUAGUAACUGGAAUCACUUCUUGUUGUUACAUAUCAUUGGAGGUGGUUCUGGCAUAUAGUUUCUUAAUUCGCCUAAAUAAUUUGCUGCAGUUAAGCUAAUAGGACGAACAUGAUACAACAAUCUUUGGGAGGAUCCAGUAACUAAAACUCUUAUAUUGUCUAGUUGAAUUAAGUAAUUGUACAUCUCAUCUUCAUAUUGUUGCAUAGAUUUCUCUGCUCAUCUACUGUGCUACUAAAACAAUAUGGGAUUAAUCUUUGAGAACUAUUGAUGAUGUGCAUCAUGUUGUUCACAGUUCCAUGAGAGCACUGGUACCUCCAUUUAUUCUGCUUGGAACCUUCCAUUAUUACUGAUCCUUUCCCUGCACAGCUCCAUCUGGAUCUUUAUUUGUUCCUUAAUGAAUACUAUAGACAAAAAAAUUCUGGAUGAUUGGAGGCAAGUAAAUCCUCUAUUAGACUACACCGACUUGACAUUGUGUUUCUGGUGAGGUGUGGUUUCUAUCUCCCUAUGUCUGCUUAAUUUUCGCUAUUGAGCAUCAAGGUUUCCAGCUUUUGUUGGAUAUAGAGGGUAAGGAGAUUAUGGGAUGAAGCAGUAUUCCAUUCCGGAUUGGUAUUGCAGUUUCAGAAAACGUGGGGAAGUCAAUAGCUCCAAACGCAUACUCAAGAAUGGCGGAGAAGAAAUUUCUUCUCUGCUAUGUGUGAAGAUAUACUGCCCCUCCCUGUGUUUCAUUUUCUUGUUAGAAGAUAAAGUCAUUCCCCUUUGAUGCAUAAGGGAUUUCUAUAUUUUGGUUA